CUGCCUGGUGUCCUUAGCCUGCAGCUCCCCAGUGGGCAGGCCAUCCUCUUGGCUGCACUGCCUGGUAUUUCAUCACUGCAGGACUACGUCACAGACACCUCGGCCGAGGCGCCACCCUCAGUGGGAGGACGGAGCAGGAUCCAGGCAGACAGAGGGGAUCUUCCAGUUCCUCCCCUUGCUCUUGCCAGAGCUGCUGCCGACUUCUCAUUUGCUGAGAGGAGACCAUAAAAAGUGGCAGGCUGAGCUGGGCCAGAGCUUCUACCAUUGUCAGCUGGGAGACCCAGACUAUACUCUGUCUAUAGCACCUCCUGCAUGUCCGGCUGCCCUGAGCUGUCCCAAGGUAGGUGACAGUGUGUCACGCUGCCACCAUGAAUGAGGUGUCUGUCAUCAAAGAAGGCUGGCUCCACAAGCGCGGGGAAUAUAUCAAGACCUGGAGGCCCCGGUACUUCCUGCUGAAGAGUGACGGCUCCUUCAUUGGGUAUAAGGAGAGACCCGAGGCUCCUGACCAGACUUUACCCCCCUUGAACAACUUCUCUGUAGCAGAAUGCCAGCUGAUGAAGACUGAGAGGCCGCGGCCUAACACCUUUGUCAUACGCUGCCUGCAGUGGACCACGGUCAUUGAGAGGACCUUCCAUGUAGACUCUCCAGAUGAGAGGGAGGAGUGGAUGCGGGCCAUCCAGAUGGUCGCCAACAGCCUCAAGCAGCGAGUCCCUGGUGAGGAUCCCAUGGACUACAAGUGUGGCUCCCCAAGUGACUCUUCCACGGCCGAGGAGAUGGAAGUGGCAGUCAGCAAAGCACGGGCCAAAGUGACCAUGAAUGACUUUGAUUAUCUCAAACUCCUCGGCAAGGGCACCUUUGGCAAAGUCAUCCUAGUGCGAGAAAAGGCCACUGGCCGCUACUAUGCCAUGAAGAUCCUGCGGAAGGAAGUCAUCAUUGCCAAGGAUGAAGUUGCUCACACAGUCACCGAGAGUCGGGUCCUCCAGAACACCAGGCAUCCCUUCCUCACUGCACUGAAGUAUGCCUUCCAGACCCACGACCGCCUGUGCUUUGUGAUGGAGUACGCCAAUGGCGGGGAGCUCUUCUUCCACCUGUCCCGGGAGCGAGUCUUCACAGAGGAUCGGGCCCGGUUUUAUGGUGCAGAGAUCGUCUCGGCUCUCGAGUACUUGCACUCACGGGAUGUUGUGUACCGUGACAUCAAGCUGGAAAACCUCAUGCUGGACAAAGAUGGCCACAUCAAGAUUACUGACUUUGGCCUGUGCAAAGAGGGCAUCAGUGACGGGGCCACCAUGAAAACCUUCUGUGGGACCCCAGAAUACCUGGCGCCUGAGGUACUGGAGGACAAUGACUACGGCCGCGCAGUGGACUGGUGGGGACUGGGUGUGGUCAUGUACGAGAUGAUGUGUGGUCGCCUGCCCUUCUACAACCAGGACCACGAGCGCCUCUUCGAGCUCAUCCUCAUGGAGGAAAUCCGCUUCCCGCGCACACUUGGUCCUGAGGCCAAGUCCCUGCUGGCCGGGCUGCUGAAGAAGGACCCCAAGCAGAGGCUCGGUGGGGGGCCCAACGACGCCAAGGAGGUUAUGGAGCACAGGUUCUUCCUCAGCAUCAACUGGCAGGAUGUGGUACAAAAGAAGCUGCUGCCGCCCUUCAAACCUCAGGUCACUUCUGAGGUCGACACGAGGUACUUUGAUGACGAAUUCACCGCCCAGUCCAUCACAAUCACACCCCCAGACCGCUAUGACAGCCUGGGCUCAUUGGAGCUGGACCAGCGGACGCACUUCCCCCAGUUCUCCUACUCAGCCAGCAUCCGUGAGUGAGCAGCCUGCCAUCGCCACAGGACACCCCCACGGUCGCCGUCCACCACCUCGGUGGCUUUUUUUUAAAAAAACUUUUUAUUUUGCCUUUUUGGUUUGUGUUUCCAUCCCUCACCCACUCCCAGUUUCCAGUCUCUCCUUCAGUCCUUGCCUGUCCCCCUAGCUCGCUCCCGCAGCCUUCACUAAGAGCCUCCCCUUUCUGUCCAGACCAGUGUUGGAGGGCUGUCCACCUCCUGCCCCAGCAUGGGCUGUUGGGAGGAUGGAGAGAUUCAGGUUUUAAAUCAGCACAGCCCCAGGGAGGGCAAAGCGUGGAGCUGCGGAGCUGGCUUGGAUUUCAGGCUGAUUAGCCAUGGAUGGCUGCCUGUGCCACUGUUUCUGGAUGGAGGCUGCUUCCAGACAGUCCCAGUAGAUGGUGCCCGUGGCCUUCUGCAUACUGUGGCCUGGCUCAAGGGCCUCGGUUCACCAGUGCCACCCCACUGGGGGCAAAAAAAGCAAUAAUUUCCAGGGACAGGCAGAGGCCUUUGGAAGCUAUGGGACCAGGGGGUUGGGACUCUUUGGACCUGUGUUGUAGGGAACCAGGAAGGGGUGCCCUCCCCCUCUCCCUGCAGCUGCUCUCCUGACCUGUGGGUAAGGCAGGAGAGACUCUCGGGGACAGCCUGCCUGCCCCGCGCCCAGCCCCGUGCCUUACCAGGGCUUCCUUCCAGCUGGCCUUACCUCCUGCUGGAUCCCAGGCCUGGCCUCAGCCUCUUGGAGGGUGGGGCUAGGGUCCUCUCCUUCUGCCUGGGGUAGAGGGGUGCCAGCUUCAGCUGUUACACGUCUCUCACAGAGACAGUAUUGGGCCCGGUGGACUUGGGUGGAGUAGGGAGUGGGGUAGGUGUCUCUGGUACGAAGUGGGAUGGGGGAGCCUCUGAAAACAGGGUCUCAGGCCCCCUUAGCCCCUCCCGGUCUCCAGAGCCCACAUCUGAAGCCUUAAGGUGAACAUGAGAGAGAGUCUGUAUCUGUGCUGUGGGCACAUGUGUGUGUGCCGCGGACUGAGUCGUGGGUGUCCCUGCUUCAGGAUGCAGACGCACAUGGCUGUGUGUGCACGUGUAUGAGGGAGCGUGUCCAAGCCCUCAAGUGUGUGUGGUGUGUGUGGGCUCGGGCCCCACCAUGGCCCGAGCACGUCAUCCCAUGGGGGGAGUGGGUACCUGGACCCACUUGCUGCCCUGCCCCCUCCUCCUCCCCUCAAUGUCUUGGGGUGUUUGGAAUUUAUUUUUUGUGAGUUUGAUCUCCCUGUCCCACCUCCCAUACUAGGCAGUUCUCAGAAAGGCAUGUGGGGGAUAGGGGUGGUUUGGGUCUGGGGGAUCCUAUCUCCUUUCUGUGUGUGUAUGUGGUUUAUCUGACAACUUUCUCCACUCCCCACUUGCCUUAUUCCCUGUAUUUGUACGGUACAAGCAAUAAAGACACUCGUUUGAGAACAGG